UCUAGAAUCUAAUCGGGUUCUUUGGCUGUUCCUAUAGGAGAACCCUUUGAAGAACCCCUUUUGGUUCGAGGUAGAACCCCUUUGGUUCCAGGUAGAACUCUUUUGGGUUCCAUGAAAACCCUUUCCACAGAGGGUUCAUCAUAGAACCCUUUUGGGUUCUACCUGGAACAAAAAGAGUUAUCCUAUGGGGACAGCUGAAAAACCCUUUUGGAACCAUUUUUUCUAAGAGUGUGUGAUUUAUGUUAUGUCUUUCAGGCAGGUCAGUUGAUUGAUAAACUGGGCACCAAAGUGGUUCAGAACAUUAGGAAGGACUAUGGAGGAAAUUCAGACGUCACCGCUCUCUGGAAUGUAACUAUGGAUACGCUAAAGUGCUGUGGAUUCUACAACUAUACAGACUUCACUGACUCUCCAUUUGAAAAAUACACCCAUCUCUAUCCUCAACAGUGCUGCCACAGUGCUGAUUUCAGCUCUUGUGAUGGUACAAGUGCUACAAUCAUCGGCUGCUUCCCAAAGCUUAUGCAACUGAUUGAUGAAAACACUAUUGUCAUUGUGGCAGUGGCAUUGGGAAUCGCUGCUCUUGAGAUAUUGGCGAUGGUUGUCUCCAUGACUUUGUACUGCAUAAUAGGCUCAAAGAGUGACUGACUGAAAACCAAUGGAGGGAGGGCCAUGGAGACAUCUGCCUGGAUGGCAUCUCUGGACCCUCCUUAGGACAACUACAGGGAUGGAUGCAUAAGAAUCUCUGAAAUCACCAAGGCUGAAGAGAAAUCUAAGGAAGCUUUGUGAUAAGGAUAGG